AUGGCACAAAAGCAAUUAUUCCUGCUGCCACCGGACUUGAUGGAGUCUCAAUUAUCCACGAUUGACCUCCUCACAGCCAUGUUCCCAUCUCCUGGAGAGAUCGACAUACCUGUGUCUACUACUCAAUGCAUUGAAAAGCUCCGCGACUGGUGCGAGAAUCCAUCUGCUGUCCCCUCCGGGAUUCCUUCAACCUUACACCUUGCAGUCUGUUUACCGAUUGCGGGGGGAGAAAAAACAAUACAGGUCAACAUAUCAAUACCGGUGCAAUCUGAUGCUCAGGACCUAGCACAGCCGCCGUCAUUGAGUUACUCAUUGCGCCAACCAGAUUGGAUGUCCAAAGCUGAGCUUGCCACGCUAGCCGCUGCAAUGCCCACAGAUGAUCUGUUUGAGGCCUUUGAAUACGUCCAGGAUGAAGCGCUGCGCUUCCUCGAGGCCCAGCGGGCUUCAAAGUCUGAAACUACCAAGAGUAGUUCCGGGCCGAUCGUCAGAGUCUGGUUCUAUUUCCCGUCCCUCUCAACGCGAGAAAAGCGGAACGAUCUGGUCAAUCACGCCCCUGACUAUUCCCUCACAGGCUUCGUGCUGGCGGGCAAGCCUGGUGUGUUGUGUCUAGAGGGGGUGUCGACGGACAUUGAUGCUUAUAUGAGCUUCAUUAAGACACACUCGUGGGGCGAUAUCCCCAGCCAUCAGAAAAAGGUCAGUGAGAGAUAUCGGGAGACAAAGGACGUUCAGAGAGUGUUCUCUGGGAUGGAGGAAAUCACAGAUUCCCUAGGGGAACGAAGUGGCCACAGAGCCAACCGGGGCGACAUGCAGGCAUUAGAGACAUGGCUACAGGCGCGAGGGUUGCAUGAAGCAUUUGACAAAGUGAUAUUUUGA